AUGCUUGGACUUCAACCCUGCAACGCCUUGGAUUGGAGUGUUCGCCCACCCUGCAUGAGAUUCGAUCUUCUGGGACGAACAUGUAGUGCGGCCAGCUCCAAACGUCAUCACCGUGAAAAAGAAGAUGACCGUGGACAAGGCCGCAGCUGCAACGAUCCCGGAGACUGCGGGGGAGGUUCUCGACCAUGUGAGCAACAGCGUGGACAGUCCACCGGGGCAGGGACAAUCGAGCGGCCAAGGAGCUCCGAGACAAGUGGAAUGCCUCGAGCCAAACGGAAACAAACUUGUGGUCCACAUGGCCGCGGGGACAGUCAUGGGAAGCUGGCCGAUCGGACACCUCGAAGAGCACGCCGUAUCAGAAGGCUAAAAGUGGUCUCCAUUCGACCAACUCGGACGGGGUGGAGAUCUGCUAUAGGUUUGCCAAGGGUGCAACCAACAGCUGUCCGGAACCCUGCAAGGACGGGAGCGAUCAUGCACGCCAGAUUUGCCUGGGUCGUCAUCCAAAUGCAGAUCGACAAAAGGUGGCGGCAAGAACAAGGACUCAGGCGGCAAAAUGACAGAAGCGAAAACUGGAGGAAGCCGUCGAGAAUGGGGAGGUGGAGAACUUCGACUUCGAGGACUUCAUCGAGACCAGUCCGCGAUGGGAGGCUGAGGAAGUUCCGUUUCUUGGAACUUUAUGCUGGCAUGGGCGGCCUGUCGAGGGCCGUGAGGGAAGUGGCCGGGGACCUGGUGGAGGUACUGGAGCCGCAGGACAUCUACCACGAGUGCGACAUUCUCACCGACGAGGACUACAAGUGGGCAAAAGGGCAAGUCGAGGAGGCCGACUGGACGCAUGCUGCAUUCCCUUGCGAAUCGUUCACUCGGGCAAGAAGGUCCGAACAUGGUGCCCCUGUAGUGGUUCAAGACGACGCACACCCAGAGGGCUGGGCCACCACCCAUUGUCCGAGUGAAGAGAGGGUGGCACUGGGGUUCAGGGCUCACGAGAAGGGCAAGUUCUUCACAAUGGACAAUCGACGUGGGUCCUUCGCAUGGGAGAACUAA